UUCCUCCAUAGUUACGUGUUUGUGUUUUUCUUCUCUUUUCUUCUCUUUUCUUCUCGAUUACGAAAGGUCUCCUCGUCCUUCUCAAUUGCCUUUUUUAUUUAUCAUCGGUUCAUAUAACAACAACACAUCUCACGAAGAUUACUUCUUUUUUUCUUAUUAAGAUCAGAAGAAAAAAAAAAAUCUUUUAAAAUUAUCAGAAGAAGGAGAUCUCUGGUUCACGACAGGUAAAAAAAAACAGAGAGUAGUAAUGGGAUCUGAACAAAACGAUAGCACAAGCUUCACGCAGUCGCAAGCAUCAGAGCCAAAGCUAUGUGCAGGCGGAUGUGGUUUCUUUGGAUCACCAUCGAACAUGGACCUAUGUUCCAAGUGUUACAGAAGCUUCUGUGCAGAGGAGACUCAAACUGUAGUUGUCAAAGCUGCUGUUGAGAAGUCAUUCAAGCCAUCAUCAGCUCCUUCUCUUUCUCCUCCUCGUAGGCUCUUCAUAGCAGAACCUUCUGUGAAACCCGAACUACUACCAGAAAAGUCCGUCCUUGUGGUGGCUGAGCCAUCAUCUGCUGCAAGAGAAGAUGGAGAAGGAGAAGCGGUUCCGGCUCCGGUUACUGAUGAGAACAACGAGCCAUCGAGACCUGCACGACCGAACAGGUGUUUGUGUUGUAACAAGAAGGUAGGGAUCAUGGGGUUUAAGUGCAAAUGCGGCAGCACUUUCUGCGGGGAACAUCGGUAUCCCGAGACUCAUGAUUGCACCUUUGAUUUCAAAGAAAUGGGUCGUGGAGCGAUUGCUAAAGCUAAUCCCGUGGUUAAGGCUGAUAAACUUCAAAGGUUCUGAAACAUUCGAAUGUUUUCAAACGAUUUGGCGGUGAAUUUACUCAAAACAAAAUUGUAUUUGAAAUCGGUUUGGGGGUUGUAUUUGGAUUGUUUUCAAUGGGAAAGAGAAUGAAUCUGGUUCCAUAAUAAAGUGAAUCGAUGAAGUUUGGUUCUUAAUUUUA